AUGGAAACGCGGGGCCGCAAGAGGAAGAGGGACAUGGAGAUGGGGAACGCUUUCUUCGAGCUCUCCGACGACCUCCUCGUCGAGAUCAUCUCACGCGUGCCCUUCAAGUCCACCCGUUGCUGCAAGUGCGUCUGCAGGCGAUGGCGCGACGUCGUCUCGCACCCCGACCACCGCAACAAGCUGCCUCGAUCGACACUCGCAGGCUUCUUCUACAAAACCGACAAUCUGUGUUGCCGAGCUAUGAACCGUCAUUACAAAAGCGUAACGGGGAACUGGUGCCCUCGCAUCGACCCCUCCCUCUCUUUCCUGCCCAAGUACAGGCUUUGUGAUGUUGACAUUGACAUGUUGGACUGUUGCAAUGGCCUCCUGCUCUGCCGCCGACAACAACAACGGUAUGCUACUGAUUACGGGACAACGGAUUACGUGGUGUGCAAUCCGGCCACUAAGAGAUGGGUUUCCGUGCCCGGCACCGUCAUGUCCAGGGAGGUACUAGUGGCUCGCCUGGGAUUUGACCCCGUCGUAUCCUCUCACUUCCAUGUGUUUGAGUUUGCACCAGCGCCUGAGCAUGUGAGUAUGAGGCUGUGUGUUCAUGCUCGCACCCAACCACUAGGGAUCUACUCUUCCAAAGCUGGAGUAUGGACACAUCCGAGCAAUUGGAAAUGCCCAAUUAAAAUAGAUAGAUAUUCGAGCAGCACAUUCUUCAGAGGGCUUCUAUACUUUUCUUCCCGUGCUGAUAAGGUUGUAGCCGUCGACAUGGAGGGAAAUUGCAGGGUCAUCAAUAUUCCUAGUACAGCACAUGGUUCUUGUAUCGCUCGUGAUGUUUUUGUGUCACGGGGACAAUUGCAGUUUGCAAUUUCUAGUGCUUCUGAACUAUCCAUAUGGGCUCUAGAAGAUCCUAGUAGUACUGAAAAUUGGACAUUGAAGCACAACGUCAGCCGUUUGAAAUUAUUUGCUGACGAGAAUUCGUCGAACUACCAUGUUAUCGUUCACCCAGAAUACAAGGUGAUUUUAGUAGUACGUACGAGAUUCCCCUCGACAUACAGAUCGUGGACGGAACUCAUGUCAUACAACAUGGAUUCUAGGGAGCUGCGUUCUCUAAGUGAUCUUGGACAUGACUGCAAGAGGCCUUAUCUCCCAUAUGUUCCUUUGUUCUCACGUUCAUUGGCAGAUGGAUAA